CCCCGGCCCCCAGGUGAGUUCCUCGCUCUCGUUCCGCCGCAGCCCUGCGCCGCGCAAUUCGGAGGUUUUGACUCCUCGGACGAAGAGGCCGCUGAGGAGGACCCGAGGCCGCUGCCGAUCUCCUGGUUGUCUUUGUCGCCUGUCUACUCUUCAGUGUUCCUGGGGUUAUGUUCCCUUCCAGGUUGCAGGUUUAAGGAUGUUAGAAGAAAUCUACAGAAAGAUAUAGAAGAACUAAAGAACUACGGGACCCAGGAUAUAUUUGUGCUCUGUACCAGAGGAGAGCUGUUAAAGUAUCGGGUGCCAAAUCUUAUAGAUACCUACCAACAGCACGGGAUCUGUGUGCACCACUAUCCUAUUCCUGACGGGGACGCUCCUGACAUUGCCAAGUGCUGCAAAAUUCUGGAGGAGCUCAGAAGCUGCCUGGAAAGUAACAGGAAAACAAUCAUACACUGUUACGGUGGCCGUGGACGCUCAUGUCUCAUAGCUGCGUGUCUCCUGCUACAGCUUUCAGACAUGGCACCUCAGCAAGCAAUAGACAGCCUCAGAAACUUGAGAGGAUCUGGGGCGAUACAGACCAUCAAGCAAUACAAUUACCUCCAUGACUUUCGAGAGAACCUGGCUGCAUAUCUGGCGACAAAGGAUACAGUAUUAAGAUCAGUGUCACGAUAA